CCACAAAUCAUAUAAGCAGAAUUUACUUAAGGUUCAUUCCAGCUUACAAACAUUUUGUCGCAGGGUGAUAUUUGUUAUUCUCGGUGUCUCUCUCAAUGAAUAUGGCAAACAAGAAAAAGGUAUGUGUGAUCGGAGCAGGGCCAAGUGGAAUGGCGGCUUUGUGGAACUUUUCAAAGCUGAAGAGUGGCAAUGAUGUUGACGUCGUAUGCUACGAAAAACAGAAAUCUUGGGGCGGCCUGUGGAACUAUUCAUGGAGAACAGGUACCGAUGGUUACGGUGAACCAUGUCAUGCCGGUAUGUACAAACACCUGUGGUCAAAUGGUCCAAAAGAAUGUCUAGAAUUUCCUGAUUAUACAUUUGAGAAACAUUUUGGGAAGGCCAUUCCCUCAUAUCCACCAAGACCUGUUAUAAAGGAUUAUCUUGAGGGCCGCUGGACAAGCAAUGUAGAUUUGAGACCAUACAUCAAAUUCAACACAGUAGUGCGGCAUGUUGAGUAUAACGAUUUAGACAAAAAGUUCAUUGUAGAGAUUACAAACCUCGAAACUGACCAAUCAUCAAAAGAAACAUUUGAUUAUGUCAUUGUUGCGACAGGGAUUUUCAAUGUUCCUAAUGUCCCGGAUUUACCCGGAAUUGAUACAUUCGAAGGGACAAUACAGCAUGUACAUAAUUUUCGUGACGCUAAAGAAUUCAAAGGCCAGCGUUUAUUGAUUGUUGGUGCCAGCUAUUCGGCAGAAGAUUUGGCGCUUCAAUGUUUAAAAUUCGGAGCAAAAAGUGUCGUAUGCACAUGGAGAACAAAACCGAUGGGAUUUAACUGGCCGAAAGGGAUUGAAGAAAGACCAUUGGUCCAGAAAUUCGAUGGCAAUGUGGCAUACUUUAAAGAUGGUUCAAACGCGGAAAUAGAUGCUGUCAUUUUCUGUACAGGUUACAAGUACUCGUUUCCGUUUAUGGAAGGCAAGCUUCGUCUGCAAUCGUCACUGUCCAUGUUUCCGGACAAUCUGUAUAAGGGGUCGGUCUAUUUGCUAGGCGGGAACAACCAAUUAUUCUACAUGGGAAUACAGGACCAGCUCUACUCAUUUACAAUGUUUGAUGUUCAAGCUUUAUGGAUUUGCAAAUAUAUUCUCCGUAACAUUUCCAAUGAGCCCAAGUCACUCAGUGAAAUGAAAUCAAAUGCUCAGAGAUGGUGUCAGAAUUGUUCCGAGUUGAAAAAAUGUCACGAUGAAAUAGAUUUCCAGACAAAGUUUAUUGCUGAUUUGAGCAAAGACGUAGGUUAUUACCCGGAUGCUACAAAGGCAAGAGAAAUGUUCUAUACCUGGGAGCAUGAUAAGGAGAAAAAUAUCGUCACAUACAGAGAUCAGUGUUUCACUUCUAUCUACACGGGCACCAAAUCACCCAGACCUACCGCUCCUUGGUGGCAGGCAAAGGAUGAUAGCAUCAAAGCUUUUGUAAAUAAAAAAUGAUGGGAACGCUCUAAUGAACGAUGCUUGAUUAUCCUUUAUAAUACUGGCGUUUAAUCAGAGUAUAUUUCUGUUAUGUAAAUAUCUUAAAUGGAAUUAUGUAUUUCUUCUCAAAUAUUAUAAAUAUCAGCUGUUAUGACAAAUGUAAAGACUUUCUUUUACUAUCAAGUCCGGGUAAAGACUGUAUUUACAAGAAAUAAUAUGGCAAUUUAUUUAUUUAUUUAGUAUUGUAUAUGGAUUCCUAUAUUUUCUAUAGUUUGUAUUGCUAUGUGUAACUAUAUAGCUCAUGUAUAGCUCCAAAUUAAUCAGAGUAAGAGUUGAUGUUAAUUUGAUUUCUGGUAUAAUUAGAUUCAAUAAAUUU